GCUUCGCAAAUAUCCCGUGGUUUCUCAGCAAAGGCUGAAGCAGCGCCUGGCGGAGGCGUUAGGACCCCCGAGGCAUGCGGACACAGCCAGGAAGAGGAGGGCCCCAGCCUGGGAGGGGAAGGCGAGGAUUUCGGGCUAAUCCUGGCCAUGCAUCCGCUUUCCGCUUGCAGAGCGGAAGCAGAGCCCCAAAAACCAGGCUGGGAUGGGGGCACGGGGCUGCUGAAAGCAGAGGAAAGGGGGGGGAGCCCAUGAGCACGCUGAAGUCGGAGGCUGCGAUCGAGUUGCAGACUUUGGGUUUUGCGGUUGCAAAAAGCGAGGCUGAGCUGCUCUGGGGGACCCGGCCUGGGGGGAAGCAUUUGCAGCUGGGGGAGAAGAGGCGGCCGUCCCCGGGGCCAUGUCCUCGCUGCUGUCCCUCCAGGAGGAGAACCGCAUCCUGCAGCAGGAGCUGUCGCGCCUCGAGGACCUGCUGGCUCAGAGCCGCGCCGAGCGCGAUGAGCUGGCCAUCAAGUACAACGCCAUCAGCGAGCGGCUGGAGCAGUCCCUGCGGCUGGAAGCGGGCGAGCGGGACGCGGCGGAGAGCCGGAGCCUGGCGCAGCACAACAUCGAGCUGCGGCGGCUGCUGGACGAGGAGCAGGCCGCCUACAAGCGCAAGCUGCAGGCGUACCAGGAGGGCCAGCAGCGGCAGGCCCAGCUGGUGCAGAAGCUGCAGGCCAAGGUGCUGCAGUACAAGAAGAAAUGCGGCGAGGUGGAGCAGCAGCUGCUGGAGAAGGCGACGGAGCUGGAGCAGGAGAGGCUGACGGGGCUGAUGUCCCCGCAGAGCCAGCUGGACAUCAGCGGCUCGCAGCUGGAGGAGGAGAGCAGCAACGAGCUGGAGAACGCGCUGAUCCGGCUGGAGGAGGAGCAGCAGAGGAGCAGCAGCCUGGUGCAGGUGAACUCGAUGCUGCGGGAGCAGCUGGAGCAAGCCAACGUGGCCAACGCGGCGCUGAGCGAGGACAUCCGCAAGCUGACGGCCGACUGGACGCGGGCGCGGGACGAGCUGGAGCAGCGCGAGGCCGAGUGGAGGCGCGAGGAGGAGUCCUUCAACGCCUACUUCAGCAAUGAGCACGGCCGCCUGCUGACCCUCUGGAGGCAGGCGGUGGCUUUCCGCCGCCACUUCGGCCAGCUGCGAGCCGCCACCGAGAGGGACCUGGCGGAGCUGAGCCAGGAGGUGUCCCGCGCCGGCCGUGCCGCCCACGCCGCCUGCGUGCAGCUGGGUGCCCACCUGCGGCUGGCCGAGGGCCGGGCGGGCGCCGCGCGGGAGCAGCAGGCGCAGCAGCUGGCGCAGCUGGAGGAGCAGCUGGCGGCGCGGGCGCGUGACGCCGAGCUGGAGAAAACCGCGCUCGGGGACAGGCUGGCGGAGCUGACGGCGGCCCUGGAGCGGCUGCGGGAGGAAGGUGGGGAGAAGGAGCGGGCGGUGGCGGUGCUGACGCUGCAGCUGCAGAAGAUGGAGGCCUCGCGUGCUCAGGAGCCGUCAGUGGAAGAGGUGCAGGCGCUGCGCGCGGAGGUGGAGCUGCUCCACCAGACGCUGCAGGACGUCACCCAGGCGGUGCUGGCCGAUGACCCCGGGUCCCCGACGGAGCCUCCCAGGCUCCCCUGCCGCAGCCUCUCGCCCGCUGCGGCCGCGGCCACGCUGGGGGCUGUGCACGGAGCCCUGCGGCGCCGGCACUUCCAGCUGCAGGAGGCCCGGGAGGCGUCGGGGAGCCUGCGGCGGGAGCUGGGGGACAGCGAGAGCCGGCGGGCGGCCCUGGAGCAGCGGCUGGAGCAGCUCAGCACUGAGGCUGGGGGCUGCCGGCGGGCGCAGGAUGAGGCCCUGCGCGAGGCCGCCCGCCUGCGCGCCGACAUUGAGCUCCUCCGCAGCGAGCGGGGCCGCGUGGAGCAGGCGCUGGCGGCGGAGCAGGCGCGGGCAGGGGUCCUGCAGCGCAGCGAGGCCGAGCUGCAGCGCCGCAGCCGGGGGCUGGAGGAGCAGCGGGACGAGGCCGCCCACGCCGCCGAGGCUGUGCGCCAGCAGCUGGAGCACAGCCAGCAGCAGCUGGAGCAGCUGGAGGGGCAGCGGGCGGUGGCGCAGCAGGAGCUGCUGCAGGCGCGGGAGGCGCUGAGCCAGGCCCAGCUGGAGGCCGAGGUGGCGCGGGGCGAGCGGGCGGCGCUGGACGAGGCGCUGGCACAGGCGCAGGGCAGCAGCGCGGAGCUGGAGGCAGCGCUGCAGGAGGCGCGGGCGGAGGCAGCCCAGCUGCGGGAGGCCCUGGCACGGGGCAGCGAGCUGUCGGCCAGCCUGGCCCGGGAUAAGCGAGAGCUGAGCCGGACCCUGGCGGGGCUGGAGGAAGAGCGGGAGGCUGCCGGGGAGGCGACGCGGGCGCUGGAGGGGCUGCGGGCCCGGCUGGGGCAGCUGGAGCGAGGCCGCAGGGACGUGGAGGCCGAGAGGCUGGGCCUGGAGCGGGCGCGCAGGGCGGCGGAGCGGGGCUGCGAGGGGCUGCGGGCAGAGCUGCGGGCACUGCGCGGGCAGCAGCAGCAGCUGCGGGAGCGGCUGGGGCAGGCGCUGGAGGAGCAGAGCGCGGCGGGCAAGGCGCUGGCACAGGCCCGGGGCGAGCGGGAGCGGCUGAGCGCGGCGCUGGAGCGCGCCACGCAGGAGCGCGAGGGGCUGGCCAAGGAGGCGGCCAGCGUGGCCGUGCAGCUCGCCGCCACCCAGCGCGACGCCCGCGCCCGCGGCCAGGAGGCGGACGGCCUCAGGGCGGAGAAGGCGGCGCUGGAGACCGGCCUCUUCGAGGCGCAGGAGGAGCUCGGCCAGCUCCGCGCACGCGGCCAGCAGCUGGAGGCCGAGGGCCGGGCCCUGCGCGUGGCCAAGGAGGGGCUGCAGGAGGAGCUGGGCGCCGUGCGGCAGCGGCUGGCGGCGGUGGAGCAGGAGGCGGUGACCCUGCGCGGGACCCAGGUGGCACGCGAGGACGAGCUCGAGCGGCUUCGGUGCGAGAAGCGGGAGCUGGAUGCGGAGCGGGGCCGGCUGGUGCGGGAGCAGGAGGAGCUGGCGGCCGAGCUGGCGGCGGCGCGGGCGCAGCGCGACGAGGGGCUGCUGCGUGCCGAGAGCGAGAAGCAGCAGGCGCUGGCGCUGCAGGAGGAGGAGAAGGCGGCGCUGGCGGGGACGCUGGCGGGGCUGCAGCAGAGCCUGGCCGAGGCCACAGCCGAGCUGGAGCGGCAGCGGCACGAGGCCACCGGGCGCCAUGAGCAGCAGCAGAGCUUGGCUGCGGAGCUGCACAACCUGCGGGCGCAGGCGGAGGCCGCGGCGGAGGCCCACGAGCGGGAGGCCAAGGCUCUCCGCGAGCAGGUGACGGCGGUGGCCAAGCAGCGCGACGGCGCCCUGCGGGAGGCGGAGGAGGUGCGGGCGCAGCUGCAGCUGGUGGCGGAGGCGCGGGCGGCGGGGCAGCAGGCGCUGCUGGAGGCCCAGCGGGCGGCCCAGGAGAGCCGGGAGGGCCGCGAGGCGCAGCGGAGGCAGGCGCAGGAGGCGCGCAGGGCGCUGGGCGACGAGGCCAGGGAGAAGGAGGCCCUGCGGCGCUCCAACGAGGAGCUGCGGGCGGCCCUGCGGCGCGCCGAGGGCGAGCGCAUCAGCCUGAAGCGGGCCGGCGAGGAGAAGGAGCAGCGGCUGGCGCUGCUGGCGGGCGGGCAGGCGGCGGCGGCCAGGGAGACGGAGAGGCUGCGGGGGGCCCUGCGGCAGCUGGAGCACGACCGCCUCGAGGCGCGCCGCGAGCUGCAGGAGCUGCGCCGGCAGGUGAAGGCGCUGGACAGUGAGAACAGCAAGAAGAGCAGGGAGCUGGAGGAGCUGCAGGCGCGCGUGGCCCUGGAGGAGCAGCGGGAGGAGAAGAGCCGCCGUGAAGCCUUCGGCCUCAGGAGGAAGGUGGUGGAGAGCGAGGCUGGCAUGGAGGCCACCAGGAAGGAGCUCCAGCACCUGCAGCAGAGGCUGUCGGAGGCGGAGGGCGAGUUCCACCAGCGGGAGAAGGAUCUGUCCCGCAGCCUGGAGGAGGCCCGUGGCCAUGAGAAGAAGCUGCUGGCCGAUGCCCGCAACCUGCAGCUGAAGAUGGAGGCGGCGCGGAGCGAAGCGGCCGAGCUGAGCCUGCGCCUGAGCGCGGCCGAGGGCCGGGCGCAGGGGCUGGAGGCUGAGCUGGCCCGCGGCGAGGAGCAGCGCCGGGCUGCCGAAACGCGCCUGGGCAGCCUCCAGUCCGCCCUGCGCCGCACCAUGGGCAUCGGCCGGGCCCGUGCUGCUUCCCUGGGCAAGGGCGGUGCCACGGAGGGGACGGGGACCCCUGGCUCGUCGCCGGACCCCGAUGCGGCCACCGAGCCCGAGGCGGUGCGGGCAGCCCUGCGGGAUUUCCUGCGUGAGCUGCAGGACGCCCAGCGGGAGCGGGAGGAGCUGCGGGCGCAGGUCUGCAGCCUGGGACAGCGGCUGGCAGAGGCAGAGGCGGAGCGGGACGGUGCCGGUGCCCGGGCGCUGCAGCUGCAGAAGCUGGUGGCUGAGAGUGAGGAAGGGCGGCGGGGCGCCGACGGCAAGCUGGGCAGCGCGCAGGCCGCUCUGCUGCUGCAGGAGGAGACGCUGCGGCGGGGCGAGCGCGAGCGCCGGGCCCUACUUGAGAAGGUGUCGGCGCUGGAGCGCAGCUUGCACGCCGCCGAGGGCGAGCGCCGCUCCGCCCAGGAGAAGAUGAGCAUGGUGAAAGCCAGCGAGGCCAAGCUGGAGGAGGACAAGCGGCGGCUCAAGGAGGGGCUGGAGGCUGCGGAGAGCCGCGGAGCCCGGCUGGAGCAGCAGCGGCGGGCGCUGGAGGAUGAGCUGCAGCGGGCACGGCUGGCCCUGGGCGAGCAGCAGGCGGAGGCGCGGGUGCUGCAGGACCGCGCUGAGCUGCUCCAGAGGCAGCUCGGGGAGAGCGAGCAGCGCGCCAGCGCCUUGCAGCUCUCGGUGGAGCGUCUGAGCGCGGUGCUGGCGGCCGAGGCCGAGAGCAGCUCGAAGGACCGUGCCCAGGGCUCGCCGGUGACCGACGGCAGCUCAGCCCCGCAGCGCCUGCUGCAGCUCCAAAGCGCCCUGACCGCCGGCGAGCUCGACCGGCGGAUGCUGCAGGAGAUGCUGGAUGCGGCCCGGCGGGCGCUUUCGGAGGCGCGAGAGGAGAAGAGCGCCCUGCGGGAGCAGCUGCGGGUGCUGCGGGGAGAGCGGGCGGCACUGGAGCUGCGCAAGGAGGAGCUGGAGGCGCAGGUCCGGCGGCUGCAGGAGAUGCUGUUGCAGCAGGAGGAGAAGGAGGCGGCGGCGCUGCGGGGGCUGCGGGCAGAGAAGCGGGGGCUGCAGGAGCGCGUGGGCAGCCUGCAGAGCUCCCUGAGCCAGCUGGAGGCCGAGCGACGCGAGGCUGAGCGCUCCUCCCUGCGCCUCGAGAAGGACAACAGCGCCCUGAAGAAGACCCUGGAGAAGCUGGCGCGGGAGAAGCUGAAGACGCAGGAGGACUCGCUGCGGCUGGCGGUGCAGAAGGGCCGCCUGCACCGCUCGCUGGGCACGGCCGAGCAGGAGCUGGCGGAGGCGCAGAAGCACAUCCAGGUGCUGCGGGGCCGCCCAGUGCCUGGUUUUGGGGUGACCCCCCCCCCCCCCCGGCACUCACCCAGGCGCGGGUGUCGGUGCUGGAGCAGAGCCCCGGGGCGGCGCAGCAGCAGCAGCAGCGGGCGCUGGAUGCCCAUGACCGUGACCACCACCCCCUGGAGCAGCAGGUCGCGCUGCAGCAGGAGCAGGAGGCGCAGGAGCCCCGCCGCCACCCCAGCAGCAUUUAGGGCAGCCGUGGGGCCGAGCAGAGACCGGCGCGACUCAGCUCACGGGUGAGGGGCCCGCUGUGCUCAGAAAACACCUGUGGUUUUUUUUCUCGACGUUCCCAAAUCCCACUCUUUUACAAAAAGAAAAAGCAUUGUGUUGCCGCUGAGACAACACUAGCAUAUUUUUGAUACAGGUAGGGUUUUCCCCCCAUUUUUUCUACUGCAGUUUUUUUAACCAGGGAUUGGAAAUAGGACUUUCUGUAGUCCUGGGUGCCAUGUGCACAUAACGGGAGCAGCAGGAGGGCCGUGGUACCUGAGCUUCCAGUGCUGGCCCUGUGGCGGGAUGCUCAACGGCUCCUAACUUUUCCUAACACACUCCUCUUUUUUUUUAACAAAAACUAGUUUGUGCCAGUUUUUUGCACAAGUUAUGCAGGACAGGGACUGUUAUUUUUUUUUUCUACCACUAUUUUUGGAGACUGUUUUUGUUUCUUUUUUUUUACUGGUGCUAUUGGGGUCCGAAUUUGGAGCUUGAGCCAGCAGCAGGCGUGAGCGUGGCCCCAACCCUUGUCCAUCCCAUCUAACCCUCUAUUAAAUGUGCAGAAACCCA